GUCCGCGGCGUGUAUCCUGCACUCACCUAUAACCAUGGUAUACACAAUAGUGUACGCAAGCAGCUACUGAACUACUGCACGCCGCAUCGUGUCCUGCAGUGGGUUUGGAUGCGCUAGCCCAACUCUACAGUUUCAGUUUGAUGUCCACGUGAUCCGCACACACUCCAGUCACGGCUACGUUCCGCUUUACGCGAUCAUCAUUCGCGAAAAUUAAACAAAACAUUUUCUACCGAUUCAAUUCCGCAAUACAAAUAUAAUUAUACCGUCUUGUAUACUUGUCCAUUGUCCCGCGGAAGCGUUGCGUUCGUUUAACGCGAUUUUCGCAUGAGAUCAAUCGUACGAAAAUAAAACUAAGUCGUUUUAUUUUGCCAAGAUAUCAUCAUCAUGAAGCAAUCAUACACUGUAAUUUUGAUGGCCACAUUAUCCUUAAUAACAACUGAAGCUGCUCACAUGAUUUACGCACAAAAUUGUGGUAAAGAAGAGUACAAUCGUUGUAUUUCUUUAGCUGAUCCACUAGUGAAAGAUCCUCAUUUCAUUUACCCUGGAAAUUUAAAAGAUAUCGAUAACAUAUGCAGGACUUGGACUCUAUUUGUCGAUUGCACAAAGAGAUACACUGAACAUUGUUUCGAGGAGAGUAAACGAAAAGUAUUUAACAAAGCUGUGGAAAACUCUAUUGAAUUAGUCCAUAAGAUGUGUACAUCACCUCAAUAUCAAACAGAAUAUUUGAAACACGCAUCGUGUUUACGAACUACACUGUUUGAUGAUUCACGGUGUGGAAAACAUUACCGAUCUUUAGCAAGUUUUAUUUCAAACGAAACUAGCGGACCUAGCAUUUGUUGCACUCAUCAUAGAUUCCGAGAAUGUGUGCUUGACCAAACACGAAGGACUUGCAACCAAGACGAUGAUUCGUUUACACAAGAGUUAUUGGACAAAGCAUUUGGAUUUUUCCGCAGCCAAUGUAUAGAUUACGUGCCUAAUCAAGAUGAAUGUCCUGGAUAUGAAUAUUAUAACGCAAUGACCACUAAUAGGUGGCAAGAUGACAAGGAAAAAGCAGCGCCAAGUCCUACCCCGUGGUCCUCGACGAAACGGCAGGACAAUUGGAGACCGGAGCAGAACACCGGUUGGCCCAGCGCCGCAGGGUCAUCGACGGUAGGCGGCGAAAGGACCAGCAGGGGGCACACCUUACAGGGUGCAUCGUUUAGCACACCGACAUGGCAGGUAUCGGCGAGCGGCAGCUCCGUGCAGUCUACCAAGAAGCCAGAUAACACCAACUACAUGAGCAAUGUGAUCGACGAGCCCAACCAACAGGGACUAGCCCAAACUGGAGCUGGACCCGGGCCCAAUAUACCGAACACCAUAGCCGUGGCGAUUCCUGUACUGUUAGCGUUGACAAAAAUCAUCUUCUGAACCUACAUACCGUGGAAAUCAACACGAUAUACUUGUGCGUUCACGAUACCAUUGAGUACUUCAUUUUAGGAACCCUCCGAGAUACUUUUACGGUUUUUUUUUUUUUUUAGUUUUAAUAUGUUCGAUUAAAUUAAAUGGAUUUAGCCACCAUACAAAUGCUGCGGUUUACGAAAAUCAUAUUAUAUUAUAAGUUAUACAGUGAAACCUCUGUUCGUGGAUACUUAUCAAUCGCGGACACGUCUAGUUUAGACUUAGAGCUUCUGAACAGUGAACUCCCUAUAAUAUGUAACAAACCCAGCCCCUAAGAAUUAAAUAAUAAUUGACAUUCUGUGGAAAAUAGAAAUAAAGAUAUAUAUGUAUAUUGUAU